ACUGCCACCCGACCUGACCCAGGAGACACCACUGACAGCUUCCAGACCAGGCCCAGCAUGUGCAGCAGUGGCUCGUGUGACCUGGAAGACAUCCCCCUGGAGGACGAUGACCCAGACAGCAUAGAGUUCAAGAUCUUGGCCUACUACACCAGACACCAUGUCUUCAAGAGCAGCCCGGAGGCCUUCUCACCCCAGCGGCAGGGUGCAGCGAGUCAGCCCCAGAAAGGACGGGGGACACAGGUGUCACCGCCUUUCAUCUAUUCCUCAUCCAGUGAGAAGAACGUAAACCUUGGGAAGAAGAAGUCUUCCUGGAGGACAUUCUUCGGAGCCACUCAGAAGGAGGACGAUCUACUGAGCUGGCCUGGGUUGAUCCGUGCUCAGGGUGGAACAGCAAGGGCUGUUUUUCAGGGCGGUUCCCAGGGUGAGCAGUGGUUCCAGCACCUGGAGAGCGCAGCCGUGGACCCAAAAGUUGCUUCCAUUGCCAACCGAGUGGCUGAGAUCAUUCACUCCUGGUCACCUCCAGAAGACCACCACAGCUGGGGAACUGUCAAGCUCCAAGGGAAACUUAUACCACAGGCACAGGAUCCCGGCUUCUGGUUUGAAAACUUGGGCUCUUCAAGUUCUAAGAAAGAUGGAGAAGAUGAAGUAAUAGCCAGAGUCGUGGAGCUGCUGAAACAAUCCGGGGAUCAUUUGGAGAGUGAGUUGAAAAAAGACAAGGCUUUGAUGAACAGCCUCCAGGACAAGUUGUCCUCCUACUCCAUGUUCGAGACCAUCACAGACCAGUUACUGAGGGACGUGGACACCAGAGGAGAAUCGGAAGCCAAAGCUCGGGGCUUCAAGGCCGCCCUGGCCAUAGACGCCACAGCCAAGCUCACCGCGGUCGACAACCACCCAAUGAACAGGGUGCUGGGCUUUGGGACCAAGUAUCUGAAAGAGCACUUCUCAUCCUGGGUCCAGCAGCACGGUGGAUGGGAAAAAAUCCUUGGCAUACCACAUGAAGAAGUAGACUGA